AUGUCUGGACGUGGAAAAGGAGGUAAAGCCAAGACCGGAGGCAAGGCAAAGUCCCGCUCAUCCAGAGCCGGACUUCAGUUCCCCGUGGGUCGUCUCCACAGAAUCCUUCGCAAGGGAAACUAUGCGCAACGUGUUGGCGCUGGAGCCCCUGUCUACUUGGCCGCUGUUCUCGAAUACUUGGCUGCUGAAGUAUUGGAGUUGGCUGGAAACGCCGCUCGUGACAACAAAAAGUCCAGAAUCAACCCCCGCCAUCUUCAAUUGGCCGUCAGAAAUGAUGAAGAAUUAAACAAACUCUUGGCCGGAGUCACCAUCGCUCAAGGCGGUGUCCUCCCCAACAUCAACGCCGUUCUGUUGCCCAAGAAGACUGGAGAAAGUCAAGCCUAA